CGUCAGUGACAACAGCUGACACUAGAACCUCACUUUCCAUAUUUUAAUAAUUAUUUUAUCUACACAAUAAUGUUUAUUAUUUUUAAUUAAAGUGUUCAAUAAUUUACUUGAUAUAUACCCAAUAGUUAUUAUUAUAUUAAUAUAAUUAAAAUGGGUAAUCAAUUAGUAGGUAUUGCACCAAGUCAAAUAUUUCCUGUUGAACAUUAUUUGACAGAUCACAGUGACCUAUUGUUUGACAUUAAUUUAGGCAGCACGAGAUUUUUCAAAGUUGCACGAGCAAGAAGUCAAGAAGGUUUGAUUGUUGUCAAAGUAUUUGUUAUUCAUGACCCGACACUUCCUCUGUCAACUUACAAUGAUAAAUUAGAAGAAAUAAGAUCAAAGCUUGCGUCAGCUGUCAAUUGUUUGCCCUUUCAAAGAACUAUACUGACAGAGAAAGCUGGAUUUAUUAUGAGAGAGUACGUCAAGUAUUCGCUGUAUGACAGAAUUAGCACGAGACCUUUUUUGUCGAAUAUCGAAAAAAAAUGGAUUACAUUUCAAGUUCUCUAUGCACUUCAUCAAGCUCACAAGUUUGGAGUCUGUCAUGGUGAUAUAAAACUAGAAAAUAUUAUGAUAACAAGUUGGAACUGGGUUUUAUUAACAGACUUUGCAAGUUUUAAGCCUACAUAUUUACCGGAAGACAACCCAGCAGAUUUUUCUUAUUUCUUCGACACAUCAAGAAGAAGAACAUGUUACAUCGCACCCGAACGUUUUGUCAAAACUUUAUCAUCAGAAUUAACCAGUACACUAUUACUACCAGAGCAGGAAUUAAAAACAGGUGACUUGCAUCCAACUAUGGACAUAUUUUCCGCAGGCUGUGCUUUGACUGAACUCUACAAUGAAGGACACCCGCCAUUUGAUUUUUCUCAGUUAUUAGCCUACAGAAACAGCGAAUACUCCGCAAGUAAACAUCUUGACAAAAUAGAUGAUUCGGGUAUACGUGAGUUGUUAGCCUCGAUGUUGGAAAAAAAUCCAUCAAAUAGAAAGAGCGCCGAGAUUUAUUUAUCUCAAGCUCGCGGAAAAAUAUUCCCCGAGUAUUUUUAUUCAUUUUUACAAUCUUACAUGCUGAUAUUUUCAGCGGCACCGAUAAUGUCACCCGAUGAAAAAAUAAAUCGUUUGAAAAAAGACAUCGGUAAUAUAAUAAAUAUAUUUAAGAGUGAAGAAGAGAUCGUGUCGAGUCGUAAGAACAGUAAUAAUGACACUGAUAAAAACGAUUGUAUUCAAAAAAGUAUUAACGGAAGUAAUAUUGAGCUAAGCCGCGAAGAUUCCGCGGAACCAAGCGAAGAAAACACGAUCAUUGAAGGCGACAGUGACCAGAGUUUCGACAAAAGUGAAAUAAAUAAUGACAUUAAGUUGUCAAAAGCUAAUGACGUUGAUAAUAAAAAAGUCGAGCAGGAUCAUGUGGAAGAAUCAGUCGGACAGUCGGAAAAAGAUGAGACUGUGACUAAUGCUGAAGAAUUUAAAUUAAAAUCGGACAGACUUGAAGGACUGAUUAUCAUAACUCAGCUCGUGACGUCUUGUAUCCGCGGACUGCAUCACUCGCAAUCAAAAUUACAGAGUCUGGAAAUACUUCUAGAGUUGGCGGAAAAUACAUCAGACGAAACGAUUCUAGACCGGAUACUACCGUACAUUUUUCAUCUCGUCCAUGAUCCAGCGCCGCGUGUGCGGGUCUCGGCGAUUCAUACGCUUACAAAGUGUCUGUAUCUAGUUAAAUCAAUACCGCCGACAGACAUCAACAUCUUUCCGGAGUACAUUCUUCCGGGAUUAGCCCAUGUGACUCAAGACGAAGCGGUGAUUGUAAGAGCAGCAUACGCUGAAAAUAUUGCUCACUUGGCGCACAUUGCGCUGCGUUAUCUAGAGAAUGCUCAUUUAAUAAACCUGGGUAAUAAAGAAGGGCCUAAGCCAAGUUAUGACAGUGAACUACAGACAUUGCAUGAAAUGGUACAGCAGUCAGUGUCAAUGUUGUUGACGGACUCGUCGAAUCUGGUUAAGCAGACGUUGAUGGAAAGUGGUAUCAAUAAACUGUGCGUGUUUUUUGGUAAACAAAAAGCCAAUGACGUAUUGUUAAGUCAUGUGAUAACUUUCCUCAAUGAUAAGGAAGACAAACAAUUACGUGGAUCUUUUUUCGAGUGCAUUGUCGGCGUGGCGGCUUACGUUGGCUGGCACAGCAGUCCAAUACUGAUGCCCCUUCUCCAACAAGGACUCACAGAUCCUGAGGAAUUCGUCACUAGAAAGGCGAUAAAUGCAAUGGCGACACUCACCGAACUCGGCCUACUCCAUAAGUCCGCCUUGUAUCAAUUGCUAGCAGAAACUGUUGUCUUUCUGGUUCAUCCGAACUUGUGGAUAAGACACGCGACUGUCGGAUUAAUUUCAGCCGCUGCACGGACAUUGAAUUUAGUCGACGUGCAGUGCAAAGUACAAACUAUGAUCCAGCCUUAUCUCAAACAUUCUCUUAUACAGAUCGAAAAGGAAGUGCUCGUUCUUGAAGCUUUGAUACCAAGCAUACCAAGAGUUGUCUAUGACUCUGUCAUAAAGUACCAGGAUGUCGAAGAAUUAUUUCGCGCGUUCGAAGAACGCAAGUCUGCUCGUUCCAAAGCGAUAACUGGUAGCGUGCCGCAGUAUAGUGAAACCUCAGUAUCAUUGCGUAAUUUAUUCCGGCGACUCAGUUCUGAAUCAAUGACUGAGACUGUUGAGGAUCAAUUACUUGCAAUGAAAUCUCACUUAAUUAAAAUAAAUAAGUAUCGUAUUUCUGCUGAUAGCAAACAGAAUGCGAUGAAAUCUGCCACUGAAGGCAAAUUAGAAUUAAACGCAAUAAAAGACACGAUACGUCAUCAUGUUGUCGUACUUUAUUCUGAUACUAAAAAUGAUAUCGGAGUUACGAGUUACAAGAAAUUUGAUCGGCGAACCUCCGACAGUACUACGAAUUACACGACAAUGAAUCAAGAAUGGAGGACAAUGUUUGCAGCUCAAGAUACGAAUAAUUCUGUUGGUAAAAUAACUGAUUUGACUAAUAGCGGAAGUAGUCCAUCACCGACGAUCCACAGCGGCGAUAUUCAUCUAUCACCGCAGCACAGUUUGACUGACAUUAAUAGUAUGAAUGAUCAUUCGUUGCACGAACGUUCGUAUAUACAGUACCGUUGCGCUCCAUGUCGAUUAGAAUUACGACAGCUGACGUGUCGUAAACAAGAGCAGCAUGCGGCGGCACUGAGAGCACAGCAUUGGGCAGACAAUAUGGCCUGGCAUGCUGGUACCAGAUUAUUAUCAAGUAAUUGGCGGCCAAGAGGUGUACCGGUGGCUUAUCUGCAUGAGCAUCGAGCUGCAGUAAAUAGAUUAGUUUCGAUUCCCGACUCUGGUUUGUUUGCCAGCAGUGCAGCUGAUGGAUGCAUCAGAGUUUGGGACGCCAGCAAGAUGGAGGGUAAAAAUCUUGCCAAUAGAUCACGACAAACUUAUGUACAUCGCGGUGGUCCGCUGGUGGGAUUGGCCGUUUGUGACCAGGGCCAAUCGCUUGCGAGUUCUGCUAGUCAAUCGGGAUCAGUAUUUGUCUUGAGGCUUGACGCGGGUACGAGUAAAAUGACCGUACUGUCUUCUAAACAAUUGGACGUGACAAAUGAAGGCUGUGCUGUUGAUCUUCAGUAUCUAGAUUCUGGUUCUCAGUCAGUACUCGUUUACGCAACACUCUACGGUUCGUUAAUAGGCUGGGAUUUACGGUGUCCCGGAACAGCUUGGAGACUUGAGAACGAUCUAAAACACGGUGUGAUAACUUCUUUCUGCGUAAAUAAUUAUCAGCAGUGGCUGGCACUCGGCACGAGUUCCGGCGCUCACAUCUGCUGGGAUCUCAGGUUUCAGUUACCAAUCAGUAACAUAAAACAUCCGACUGGUGCACGUGUUAGAAAGGUUAUUACCCAUCCGACUGAACAGUCGUGGAUUAUUUCCGCUGUCCAAGGUAAUAAUGAAAUUUCAAUGUGGAAUUUAGAGACUGGAUUCCGUCAGAUGGUACUCUGGGCCUCGAGCGCGCCGCCUUUGAGUCAUUCUCAAGAAGGUCACAGUAUCUGUGGAAUGUACGCGGGUUCUACUGACAGAUCGGGCUUCCUAUUGGCAGGUGGAACGGACAUGAGAUUGAGAUAUUGGGACUUGAAUACACCGAAUGAAUCUUACGUGGCUUUACCAGCUGCCAGCGAUACCAUAACGCCAAACUCUUUGGCUUACGAGCAGCGAUUAAUUGACGGUACGAAUGUCGUACAGGAAGUACUCGCGGCAACAGGACCUAUAUCGUCCGCCGGCGCACGUGUGAGAUCCUCUGACGAAGGGGUUGCGCCACCACUCGAAGCACCAAAUCCUGGUCAUCAUGACACCAUUUCCGCGGUGGCAAUGUCCAACACGUGCAUCCUCACUGGCAGUACUGACGGAUUGAUACAAGUCUGGAAGUGACUUCCGAUAUUGUUUUCAUCCUCAUCAUCAAUGUCAUUAAAUAAUUAUCGUUUUUUCUUUUUCUUUUUUUUUUAUAUAUAUAUAAAUCAUUACAAAACUGACUGUAAAUCUCCUGUGACCUAGAUACUCCGGUAAGAUUUAAAUAAAUUAUUUUUGUACAUACGUAAGAGCGAGUUUGAGAAUGAGUGAACUAAACAAUUAAAAAUUUUAUGAUCCUGAAGUUAACAGACAGUUAAAAAUUUUCAGAUUUUUUUUUCAAAUUUUCUAUUACGAAAAAAUACAAAAAAAAAUAUGCACGUGUAGAAAAUUAAAAAAGCUAUGGGUGGAAUUUUUUUUUAUUAUUUAUCGUUUUAAAAAAAAUCCAAAAAUUAUUAGACGGCGGCAACAGACAGUUAAGAAUUUUUGGAUUUAUUUUUCUUUAAAAAAUCAAUUACAAAAAAAUAAAAAAAAUAUGCGCAUGUAGAAAAUUAAAAAAGCUAUAAGUGGAAUUUUUUUAAAUAUUUUUUUUUAUAAUUUAUCGUUUUAAAAAAAAUCCAAAAAUUAUUAGACGUCAGCUAACUUCAGUAUCAUAAAAUUUAAACAAAUAUGAGUGAUCUUAUAUAUAAAUAUAUAAAUAAAAUAUUAAAAUUAUAAAACAAUUGUCUUUAUUAGCGCGAUAGAUCUAACAUAUAUAUAAAUAUUAUAUGUACGUUUACAAAAGAACAAUGCGAAUGUACACGUUAACUUUAUAUACAUUUAAAAAAAGAAACAAUAACAUUCACAUCGCGGUUUCGUUCGAGUCAUUACAUUUACAAAAAAGAAAUUCUUUUAUUUUAAUUAAAAUUUGUUUGUACAAUAAAAAUAAUAAUAUUUUGAACAAGUAAUUUAUCACAAUAUAUAUAUAUAUAUUAAUAAUUGUUAUUUAUAUUAUUAUUAUUAUUUAAUUGGUUAUUUUAUUUAAAUAAUGAUGAACCCGGUAUGAACUUUCACCAGGGACAAGCGGCAUAAGGCACUUGUCCAGGAAAUGCAAAGCCAACUGGAUUUAUUGUUCUGCAGACUUCCUUCCAUCGUUCCUUACCGCCGCCUUUGCUCUUUCGUUUGGGUUCAUAAUUAUUUGGGAGUGAAGACCGGUAACCAGCAAACAAACGUUCGAACAGCGGGACUGCUGACCCACAUGCUAGCAGAAACAUCAGUACCAGGAUCACCUUCAUUUUUCUAACUAUCGAUAAUCUAUUUACCUAAAGAACAAAUAGAAAUUUAAUUAAAUAUAUUAAGGGUAUUCUCGACAGUGUCCCCACUUUUUUAAAAUUUUCAAUGACUCAACUAUCAGCGUAUCAAAAUUUAAUCAAUUAGAGAUAAAGAUUUAAAAAAAAAUUACUUACAGUUGCUGUCAAUUAAAGUUAAAGAAAAUUUGGAAAAUAAAUUUCAAUAAAAUAUUUUGUCAAUUUUAUAAUUCGAAUUUUCAAAUUUUGUAGGCGAAAAUUUAUUCAAGAAAUUUUUUUUAACUCCUAAUUGAUUACAACUGUGAGUAAUAUUUUUCUGAGGCCGUUCUCAGACGCUCGGCUGCCCAAUUUCAAAACACAGUAACUGACAAGUAAAAUUUUUGAAUCAUAUCUACAAGACUCUACUAGAACUAAAAAUACUAAAAAAUCGAGUUUUAAAAAUUUGUCCCUUACCGCGUUUUGAAAUUGGGCAGCCGCACUGUCCUCCACUUUUUAAAACUUUCCAAUGACUGUCAGCGUAUAGAAUUUAAUCAAUUAAUUGGGAAAAUAAAUUUCCGUAAAAUCAUCUUGUCAAUUUUUCAAUUAAAAUUUUCCUAUUUUCUAGGCUCAAAUUUAUUCAACGAAUUUUUUUUAACUCCCGAUUAAUAUCAACUGCAAGUAAUUUUUUUAAAUUCCAUAUCCCAGCGAAAUUGUCCUUUUUUCAAUUAAACUUUCAAUUUCUUAGUCAAUUAACAAAAUUUUAAUGCACUUAUGACGAGUCAUUAAAAAUUUAAAAAAAGUGGGGGCACUGUCUUAGAAUGCCCUUAAUUAAUCAAACGUUUGUUAACAUUAUUAAUUAAAAAUAUAUUAAAUUAAAUAGUAAUUGAAUUCUUACUGAAAUUGUCUGUCGUAGGAGGGUCUGGUAUCUAAUAAUGACAAUUUCUUAUGGAUACUCUUUUUAUACUUAAAGUUUCAGCCCUACCACCCGUUAAAUUCACGAGACUCGAAUUGAACAAUCCCGCGGAUAAAAUAAAAUACAUAUAUAUCUAUAUAUAUAAAUAAAUAAACUACACGAAAGAGUCGCGUGAAUCCCCUAGUGUCCUUGGAGUACUAAUGGAAUAUUUGAAUGUGAUAUCGUAGUAACU